AUGAAUAAUCGACAUUCUUCCAAAUAUGAUCAUAAACGAUCAUCAAUUGAAGAAAAAUAUCGAAUAUUGGAAAAUACACUUAUGCAAAAAUGUUAUGCAAAUGAUUCAUUGAAAGACAUAAUUAUCGAUACAAAUCAACAAAAUGAUCUAUCAUAUUCAUCUCCUAUUUCUAUUGAACAAUUGUUCAAUUCUAAUGAUUCAAAAUGUUUAAAUACUAAUCUUUUUGGAAAUGCACUUACAAAAGAUCGUGAAAUUGCCAAAUUAAGAGCAUUAGUAUAUCAAAAAGAUAAUGAACUUAUUGCUUUAGCAUCAACACAUAAAAAUGCUUUAUUACAGGUGGAAGAUCGAAUGGAGCGUGAACGAAAAGUUUGGCAUGAACAUAAAGAACUAUUAUUAGCUGAUGAACGAGCAAAAUUUGAAGAAGAAAAAAUUCGUUUAGUUAAAGAUUUACAAGAUAAAUUAAAUAUUGAACGUAAAUGUUGUCAAAAUUUAGAAAAGAAACUAUAUGAUGCACAAAUGCAAUCAAGCGAAACAAAAUUUCUAUUAAAAGAAAGUGAUCGUGAACGCAUCAAUGCGAUUUAUAGUAUGAAAGAACAGUGUAGAAAAGAAUAUCAAAAUGAAAUUAUUCGAUCACGUAAUCAAUUUCAAUUAGAAAAAGAUAUCGAAUUUGCACGUUUACAAGAACAUGCUCGUGAAUUAGAAGAAACAAUAAAUUAUCUUUCAACUGCAAAUGCAAAUGUAACUGCUCAGCAACAUAGACUACUUGUUCAAUUAACAACAGCUGAAAAAACAUGUAUUCAUACAAUAAAUGAUAUAAUUAAAAAAUUACUUAUGGCUAUGGAUACUCCGUCACAUACCUAUUCGACAAUUCCAAAUAUUUCAUCAUUUGUAUAUGAUGAAACAGCAAUUUUUGAACGAACACCAACUCGAAAUAUUCUUAAAUUCCUUCAAAAUACAGUUGAUGAUAUUCGCAAUUAUAUCAUUGAACAAAGAGUACAAAUUGAAACAAAAACAAUACUUUUACAAAAAACAAAACAAUCAUCAGAACGAACACUCGAUCUUUCAAAUCGAUCACAUGAUGAUAAUAAUAAAUUAUAUUUAAAAUCUAAAAAAAAAAAUGAUUCAUUAAAUUCAUGUCAGCUAUCAGUACAACAAAAUCAUACUGUUGAUAAUCUUAUACAAAAACUUGAAGAUCAUAUUGCAUUUGAACUUACUCGCUUAUCUGAACAACGAACUGCAUCGAAUCAUCAUGCUGAACUACCUCCUGAAAAGAUUAAAUUUGAAAAAAAAAUCGAUAAUGAAAUUAAUCAAGAUGCACUUAUUCGACAUUUACAAAAUCGUAUGAAUGAGUUAAGAAAUGAUAAUAUGCGAUUACGUGAUAAUAAACAAUCAAAAUCAAUUUUUUCAUUAUAUAAUGAAAAUAAUAAUCAACGUUCAUUCACAUCGAUGCGUUCACUAAAUUCUCCAAUAACACUAUAA